AUGUCGUCAAAAUACCUCGGUCGUUGGUUUAAACCUCCGACUAUCUUAGUCAAAGUAAGCUUAUCUCAACCCACGACAGCAUCACCUCAUUUCCCCGACUUGAUGUUUGACACUGCAUAUCCCCACGGGGCAUACUCAAGAAAAACAACACGUCAAGCGGGUCAAGAUGACAUGACUCUCAUCUCACCCACAAACGAAUUCCCCAGAUGGACAAUUAAUCGCAAUCUACUCGAGAUACGCGUCCAAUGCACAUCAUCACCGGCUUUCCAAAAGCGGACAUCCGCAGAUACACAGUCCCAACCAACAGACCAUCCAAACCAGCCGCUAGCAAAAGAGCGGUAG